AGCCAUGUCGAUGGAGCCUCGUAAGAAGCGGAACUCGAUUCUCAAGGUGCGGCAAGCCGUCGAAACCAUCGAGGAAACCGUCAUGAACAGUGGGCCUAGUUCCACAACAACUAAUCGACGAGUCAGCUUUCAUAACGUGAAGCAUGUCAAGCAGUAUGACAGGGACCAUGGUAAAAUUCUUGACGCCACACCAGUUAAGGAGAAGAUUACUGACACUAUUGGAUCAGAUGGUAUUUUGACACCACGUGGCGGAAACAUGGAUAUUUCCGAAUCUCCGGCCUGCACGUCCUCAUUUCAAGUGUUCGGCGGUGGUAAUCUCGAUAAAACUAUGGAUAUGUCUCUCGAAACAACUAUCAACGAGAACAACGAAACGGCGAGAUUGUUUGAAACCACAAGAGAUCCAACACUAUUAUACGAAAAGAUCGUCGAAACCACAACAAAAGUUACCGAGCGAAUUGUUAGUAUGCCACUGGAUGAUACCUUAGCAAUGUUCAAUACAACGAAUCAAGAAGAUAAGGAUAUGUCAGUUGAUCGUUCAGUUCUUUUCACGAUUCCCAAAGUUCCGAAGCAUAACGCUACAAUGAAUAGAACUAUACCGAUGGACCUCGAUGAAUCAAAAGCAGCGGGCGGCCAGUGCGAUGAAACGAUGAAUGUGUUCAAUUUCACAAACUUGGAAGCCGCUGAAAUGGAUACGAGUAAAUUAGAUGAAAAUAAUACCAUGAAUGCUAUCCGGAUUCCGAUUAAUUCAAACGUCAUGCCUGUAGACAUGGACAUCACUGAACAUCACACUUUAAUUGAAGAAAAGAAAAAUGAUACAUUCGGGCCAAGUCAACUGAUGGACAUUUCGGCGCCACAAGUUCAAGUUAAUGAUACUUUGGCCAUUUUCAACAGUCCGAGAGACAUCUGUAAUAAGGGUUUGGGUGUUCCUCAGAAUCUAAUAAAUAUCGCCUCGAACGUCGUACCUGUGGACAUGGACAUCACUGAUCAGGCCGUAUUAAACGCGGAGAAGAAAAAUGAUCAAUUCGAGACAAGUCAGCUUAUGGACAUUUCUAUUCCGAAAGUUCUAGUAAAUGACACUAUGGCGAUGUUCAACAGCCCGAAACACGUCAGUAAGAGCAGCAUGGAUCUCGAGAAAACGAUUGAAGCCGCUGACAAAUCAACGAAAUACCCGAGUAUCGCAGAUGAGGUGGAAGAUUUAGACAUGGAUAUGGAUAUCACUGAACAACAACCAUGUGAGGCUGGUAAUCAGCAGAACGACGGCUUGCAACUUCAAAAGGAGGAUUUAAUGGACAUUUCGGUGAUUCGAGAUUCACCUGCAGUAAACGACACCAUGGCUGUGUUCCAGAGUCCUGCCAGAGUAAAGAUCGGAGCGAACAACUCGAUCAUUGAUUCGCAGAAAUCUAUCGUGUUCGGUGACGAAAUGAGCAUUGACGAGACACAAAAUGAUGGAACCUUGACGUUGCCAAAGUCGAAUGUAGAAGUGACUACAACUAAUGAUGUCUACACGUCUCUCGAGCGGCAAGAGGAAAAUGCUUCAGAAAACGUAUCCAUGAUAAACGAAUCUUCUGUUCAUUCGGAAAUCGACAAAAAGUCGUUUAUGCUCAUCGAAGAAGAAAGGGCUUUUAUGCACUCCUCCAUGAUUGAUGUAGCACAAAAGUUGGAAGACGAUGGUUCGUCGAAGACGCCAGUCAUCCUUGCUUCACAGUCAGCUUCUCUUGCCACUAAAGAACCAUCAGCCCUUCACAACUCGAGUGCAACUCUCAACAAUUCGAUGGAAUUGGACAACAAUACUCUUCUUAAAACUAUGCAAAUUACAACGUGUGAAGACAUUAGCAUGGUCCAUGAGUCUAUUGCUGUUGAACUGAACAGUAACAAAGAGCAGGAGCAAUUCGGAGAUGAGACUUUGCAGAAAAAUGAUACCUCGAAUACUGGCGCGAAUUUCACAUUCCAAGGCCAUAAUGAAACAUCGCAAAUCAUGAACAAUGUCGACUCGGAAGCAGUGAACACGUCCAAGAUUUCAACAUAUUCGGCUUUCAAUUUGAGCAUCAACCAGUCUAUCUCUAAACGACGUCGAUCUCUUCUGAAUUCUGCUCGUGAAUCUCCUCGUCGUGUUGCGUUGGAGAAUUCUAUAAUGUCGAUGAAUGGGCAAACAAUGGAAGCUCUGACAGAAUAUCGACAGAAUAAAACUAUGCAGACGAGUCAAGAUUCGAUGCCGAGUAUGAGUUUGAACGAUUCGGGAAGAGAUAUUCUCGCGAUGAAUACAUCAGUCCGCUCUCCUCAUCUGAAUUCUUCAAAAACUGCUGCCCCAGGAACACCAUCAUUGAUGUCACAAAAUGUACAACUUCCACCUCCAUCUCCUCAAUUCGAAAUGCCAGACUUCGAUCCAGCUGUGGUCAACGUUGUAUAUUUAACAUCUGAAGAUCCGUCCACUGAACAACAUCCAGAAGCUCUCAAAUUUCAGCGUAUUGUUGAAAACGAGAAAAUGAAAGUACAACACGAGAUUGAUUCUCUGAAUUCAACCAAUCAACUUUCUGCUGAGAAAAUUGAUAUGUUGAAGACUAAGGAGCUCUUGAAGUUUAGUCAUGAUGAGCGAGAAGCGAUUAUGAUUGCAAGAAAAGACGCGGAAAUCAAGUUUUUGGAGCUUCGUCUGAAAUUUGCACUCGAGAAAAAAAUUGAAAGUGACCAGGAAAUUGCUGAACUAGAACAAGGAAAUUCGAAAAUGGCUGAGCAGCUAAGAGGUCUCGAUAAGAUGGCUGUCGUUCAAAAAGAACUAGAAAAGCUGAGAAGUCUUCCUCCAUCACGCGAAGAGAGCGGGAAAAUCCGAAAGGAGUGGAUGGAGAUGAAGCAAUGGGAAUUCGACCAGAAAAUGAAAGCACUCCGAAAUGUACGCUCAAACAUGAUUGCACUUCGUUCAGAGAAAAAUGCUCUCGAAAUGAAAGUCGCGGAAGAACACGAGAAGUUUGCCCAGAGGAACGAUUUGAAGAAAAGUCGAAUGCUGGUGUUCUCUAAGGCUGUUAAGAAAAUUGUGAACUUCUAG